GAGAAAGAUGAGUUGUCUUUUGUGUUGUCUUUACCUCUGUGUCCCUAUCUCUGCUCACAGAAUGGAUUCAGUCAAAAUGAGGCAGACAUUUUAGAGAUCAUUGAGGAUUCACCUGAGUCUAAACCAGCAGAGAUAUCUGAUCUCAGUCAACCGGAAACAACGCCAACAUCCUGGACUGAGCCGUACUGUCCUGACAGCUCCCCCUCUGAAGAACCAGAGCAGGACUCGGGCUUCGACUGCGAAUCAAAUCCGGAUCAGCCUUAUAUCCUGUUUGACUCCGGGUGUGAUGAAUGGGACCCGGAUGGGAAAACGGAUUCUGAGACAUUUUAUUUGGACCCAGAUGCGGAGCAGACCAUGGUGAUCAAGCUGGAACCGGAGCCAGACACGGAUCAGGAUCGAUCCCUGCACCUGGAGGACGAAUGUGAAAUGAAGUGUGAAGCGGAUGAAGUUCAAAUAGAGGACUGUGAAGAGCAAAGACCUGAUCUUUGCUGCUUAAAGGUGGAGGAGGAGGAGGAGGGCGACUCAUCCGUCCAGGGGCCUGAACCUGGAGACGGACCUGAGGAGACGGAGAGUGAAGAUUUCUGUGCUGUUUGUCUGAACGGAGGAGAUCUGCUCUGCUGCGACCGCUGUCCUAAAGUUUACCACCUGGCCUGUCAUGUACCUCCUCUCAUCAGCUUCCCACUAGGCGACUGGGUGUGCACGCUGUGCAGGUCCGACCAGGAUCCUGUGGAGGCCUACGACUGUGAGAACAUGCAGCCCUGCGGGGGAAUCAAAGCUCCGUACACGCUGUCCAACCAGGACCAGAGGGUGAGCUGUGGUGCAGAGUCAGUGCUUUGGUUUCUGUGCUCAAGCUUCUAUUUGUAA